CCCGCAGGACCCCUCCAACCCUCUUUAGUUGAGCAGCUGAGACGCAACACGCGAGGAUCAUUUGCGCACUGCUUCGCCGACCUUCUUCUGUUAACCAUUGUGCUGCUCGACACAAGCCAGAACUAUACUGAAGCACCUUCUAUCGUUUACAUAGCGCGAUGGCCACCCCAAACCCGGACGGAGCUUUGCCGGGUGCAGGUCCGCCAGCUCCGUCGCACAACAUAGCAGUGUUCUUCCAUGGCUUUUUCAAGGUCGUCGCAAUUGUGUGGUACUGGAUUUGCACGAUUGUCAGCAACUCGUUUGUGGUCAACUUCGUCGUGUGCAUCGUCCUCUUAGCACUGGACUUCUGGGUGACCAAGAACAUCACGGGUCGGCUGCUAGUGGGGCUGCGUUGGUGGAACGAGGCGAACGACACGGGAUCCGCGUGGCGCUUUGAGACCCUCCCAGAGGGCGUGCGGCAAGUGCUUCCGCGCGAGAAGCGCUUCUUCUGGCUGGCCUGCAUGGGGGCCACGGCGCACUGGAUCCUGGCCUGUAUCAUUGCGGUGUUCGGACUGUCGUCCUACAUCAUCGUGGCCAUCAUGGGGCUGCUCUUCAGCGGCAGCAACCUGUGGGGCUACUUCAAGUGCUCCCGAGAGGCGCAGGCCGACCUCAAAGGCUACAUCAACUCCACCUCCAACACGCUCAUGCAGGGCGCCAUCAAGCAGCAGCUCAACUCGGCAGUCAGCCGGGUAUGAGCAGCCGCGGAGUGAGGGGGUGUCGCUUGAGGCCUGCUGGCGAGGGGCCGCCGGGGGCCAAGAGCGGGGUCACCGCGGUCAGAAGCGAGGCCAAUGGCCAGUUGGACAUGGCACGGGCUGCCAACGACGCCGGGGCCAGGGUCAGCUGCCGCGUGACUGUGGACGCCGGGAGCGCGGGGUGUGGGAGGCAAAGGCGCACGGCGGCGAGGCGGAGGCACGUAGGGUGGAGACGGAGACGAGAUACACACAUAGGUAGAGGACGAGCUGUGGCGGCCAUUACGUCGUUGCGUGGGUGAAUCGCUGCGCUCGGGGGCUCAGCCCGUGGGCUCAGCCCAAAAACAGACCUUGGAGUCAUGACAUUGACGCAGACAUGGUGGUGCAUGGAUGCUGCCAACGGCACACGCAUGCGAAGACGCCGUCGUUUUUGUGGCUUGUAGGUGAUGGCAUGCGCCCUGCAGCUCCAGCUGCAACACGCCAGCAUCAGGGUCUGUUAGCCAAACGCUAGCCGCUGCCACCUGGCGAGUUGGUGAACUUCGGAAUCAGUUAUGGGCGAUAUGAGUUGGGCACAGCUGGUGGGGAUACUGAUCGUGUGUAGCGCUGCACAGUGUCAGUUCAUAUAGGGCGAAGCAUCAAUACUUUCGUCUUGGCCCAGUACAGGUGAUAUCACGGAAGGCAGCAUCCCGCCAUCCGCACGUGCGUACAGUGCCCGCAAUAUGCUUAUACGGGUACGCUCCUUGGAUACGGUAUGGGGUACGGUGCCUAGGCGCAGCGAUGACAGUUGCAACCUGUCAGUAAGGUCACCGUGCUGCAACUUGCUUUCGUGCCUUCAUCUGAUACUGUAGAGGCAUAGACGCAAGACACGGU